AGCAGAGAACGACGCUUGUCUCUGAAAAUAAUUGUUCUGCAGUGCUAACCUAACUAAUGGAUAAAUUUAUAAGUUUUUUGAAAUCUUCAAAAAACUCACUGGACCGAUCAGAUCUAAAGUCUCGACGAGUACGUCUGGUUCUUGGGAAUGAAUCUUGUGAUUUGGAUUCCACUGUAUCCGCUUUAUUGUAUGGAUAUUUUCUUUUCGAAACACGCUCCGCCGAAGGCACUCUAGUACUUCCUAUUCUGAACGUUUCGCGGCAAAAAUUUUCUCUCCGAAAUGAAAACUGUCUCGUGCUGAAAGAGGCCGGUAUUGAUCUUUCCAUUUUACUGUUCAGGGACAACAUUGAUUUAGAAAAAUUACUUACCUUGCCAAAAGACUGUGAUGUAACACUAGUAGAUCAUCAUAUCUUGUCAAAACAAGACCAAACUUUAUUUAAACAUGUGAAAAGAAUUGUAGACCAUAGACCCAUUGAUACCACUAACAAAUGGGAUCCAAUGAAAGUUCAAUUGAGAAUAGAGCAGGUUGGUUCCUGUUGUACUUUAGUAGCAGAUGAGAUUUUAAAAAAGGACAGAAGCAUUCUAACGAAACCCUUGGCUUAUAUGCUGUACCAAACCAUUGUAUUCGAUACUAUUGCGCUGUUACCGGAAAACGGAAAAGCUAAGGAUCUAGAUCUACAAGUAUGCAACAUACUGGAGAAACAAUUUGAAUUUACAGAAGGUCGAAAAAAUCUCUUCGACAGGCUGUGGCGUGUUCAUAACGACGUUUCGCAUUUAUCUCCAAAGCAACUGCUUUACAAAGACCUAAAAGUUGUGGAGGGAGUUUUGGUUCCCGGACUGCCGAUGCUCGUUGAAAAUUUUUUGAAACUAGUCGAUUCGUACGGGGCCGUUGCCGAAUUUUGCCGAGAACACGAUUUGUUUUUUGCAGUUUUAGUCGGUUUGGAGGCGAACGAUGUAGUUAAACGGGACGUAGCGAUAUUUUCCGAGGACACGGAAGAUCCAAUGAGAAUUCGGUUGUUGAAGGAAUUUGAACGCGAUACUACGUACAAUUUUCAGUUCGAAGAGAUACCGACGGGGUUCGAUAAUAUAUGCUUGUUAAGGGUUCAUAAUACCAAAUUAUCGAGGAAGCAACUGGUACCAUUGAUCAAGUUGGCGGUUCACGAUUCAAAUUAAAUAAUCAAAAAUUUGGAUAUGUUGUCGUUAUUGCCAUUGUAGGGAGAUUAAUAAAAAAGAACUUAUUACUGAAAUACCAGCAAAAUGUCGUGUUAUCAUUUUUUCAUUCUGUUUACAAAUCUUGUGCGUCCGUUAUUGUCUUGUUUACCGAGACGUAAAAUUAUCUCGGCCCAAAUCACUGAAUUGAAACAUCUUACAUCUGCUCUUCUCUCUAAUAAUUUCGACAUUGGAUAUAUUAAGCUUUCUAAGCACCCCAAUCUCCAAAAAUCACACUCGCCACUGCAGUCCUUAAUUACAUUCAAAACAUUACUGACCACACAUGAAACGUUCCUAAUAAACGUUAAAACCAGAUUUACUUUUUUUAAAAAUUCAAUGUAAUUUUUGAUGUUUUAAAAUGUUUAAUAUAUUAAACUAACCAAAACUUAUGAAAUGUGAUUCCGCACAACUAAGGGUUUUACGAUUUGUUUACUUUUGUAGAUGUACUUUGAAUGUAACGUAUUAUUUUUAACUUAUAAUUAUCAUUGUCUACUGAAUAAAUAUUAUUAUUGUUAUUA